AUGAGCAUCCUUAAGCCAAAGAAAAAAUAAACUUAGCAACAGCUUCAACAGGUCUACCUAGAUAUUUUCAAAACUUUUUCUUAAGAUGGAUUGUAUAUAAAAGCCACAGAGUUUGUGGGAGUUGGGAAACUGUUGAAAAUUCACCCAGUCAUUAUUACAUUUGAUCAAUUUAAAAAGGUUUUACUUCGAUCGCCUGAAUACUGGAAUAGCAAGAAGGAUAUGAAAUACAUCAAUAACGAAGUUAUUAGUGCUACGUUCUCUCCUUCGGACUUCUUAAGAGCUUUCAAAAUCAUAGCUAAAGUAGGUUACAAACAUAUUGAGGACACCAAUUAAAAUAAAUUUAUCAUGCUCACUAAUUACCUUAAGAAGCAGCUUAACUCAUUCGCAAAUAAAAGAGAAAAAUUGGCAAAUGAUUUGUAGUCAGAUGCUCGAUCAGUUAAAACAGCUUAUGAUCAAACUUAAUACAAUGCCAUAAAUCAGCAGUUAAUGAAACAUUAAUAUUCAAACAGCAUUCACUCAACUUAACCAGUCAACCAAUAUACCUAGCAAGUGAAGAUUGCAACUUCUCCAGGGAAUGCCUAUUCUGAGGUAAAUCAUCAAAUACAUACUCCCACUCAUUAUGAAAAUACAGGAGGUAUCCAAGAUAAAAGAUUAUCUGGUACAGACGCCUAAGCAAAUUUCAUUCACUCAACUUUAUCAAAUGACUAUCGCGUAUAUUAAUCAAUUAAUCCUAGUACGAAUGCCAAAACUUCAACUAAUGGAUUGAAUACCACUCAGUGGAGAUUUUGCAAUAGUGAGAUUAAAAGUGACAUUUCAUAGAGAGCUUUUUCAACUGCAGUAAGAACCUCACAAUCCAAAGGAAGAGGAAUGAUUAUUCCUAAGGGCUUAUUGAAGAAAAAGUUUAAAUAAAACCCUCAAAUGAGUGUUACUAAUUAUCUUACUUAUAAGACUAACCUGAGGACGAUCACUGGAAAAUCAAACUCAUCAGUAAAAGGGUAGAGAACAGGUGUUCAUGAAAUAUAAAGAAAUUCUUAUAGCGGGGCUCAAUAUAGCACAAUCUAGGUUCAAGAUACUAGAAAUAAAACUCCAUCUGUAACAAGAAGUAUAAAUGAAAAUCCUAUGAAUAUCAGCAAUUAGAAUCACAAAUCCUUAAAUACUAUGAUAAUACCGAAGGUAUAAAUGUAAAAUGUGCCAAAACUAUAGACUUAAGAGCUCUCAACUCAAAACGUUAAUAUACUUGAUGAUAAUAAUUUCAAUACAAUUGAUGGAUCUCAAAGUGGAAAUAGGCAGCAAAGUUAGAGUUUUAGAAUCAGAAAAUUUUCAAGAAGCAUGAGCAGAUAAAGCAGAAGCAGCAGUGUCAAUAGUCAAAGAGAUGAAAAUGCUUUAGAUGGCCUUAAUACUAGUAAAAAUAAUGAAAAUCUAAGCGAUGCUAAGUAAGAAAACCCCUUAAGAGAUUCAAUUAAUGUUAAGGAUAUCAGUUUAAGCAAUAACCAAAUAUAUCAAUAGAAAAAUUAGCAAGAUAAUACAAUAACAAUCAAACAGUAUAAGGCAAUAUUGAAAGAAUCAAAGCAAUAUAAAAAAGAAAGAGACGAUUUGAUUAAAGUGCUUAAAUAAGUCAAGCGAAAAUUCCUUGAAUUCGCUAGUACUAACCCAUAGACAUUGAAACUCUCCUAAUCGUAGAGUAUGAUGCCUAAGUCUGAUACUGGUAACUCUUGUUCCUAAGAAGUCUAGGAAUAACUUUAAUUAAAGGAUGAAAGAAUAAAGUAAUUGGAAGAAGAGAUAAGAAUUCUUAAACAGCAGAAAGAUACUUAGAUUGAAGAGGAUAUAACACUUAAUCAGUGA